GCCGAGGAGAGAAGCGGGAGCGCCACUUCCUCGAGCUCCGGACCACGACAGGGCGGGGAGGGGCGGGGCGGGAGUCGCAGGGACUUCUCCCGCCGGACCCAGCCUUCCCGGGAAGCCGCCGGACGGACCUCUCGUGCGCGAUCCCCUCCACCUCCCCCCGGCGAAGCCUUCCGAUGCCUUUGUUCUAAUGCCAUCUGCCUGUAUUCGGCUAGCUAGACCUUGAACUUACUACAUCUGCCUGUUUCCUCUGCUUCGAGCCAGCUGGGAAUUGAACAACCCAGCUCUUUGCCCAGGAAGAGCCAUGCCCCUGGAAGACGAUGAGCUGAGCUGGAAAAAAAAAGCGGAAGACAUCCGGGAAAUCUAUGACUUUCGGGAGGUGCUCGGCACAGGUGCCUUCUCAGAGGUGGUGCUGGCGGAAGAGAAAUCGACUCAGAAAUUGGUGGCCAUCAAAUGCAUUGCCAAGAAGGUGCUAGAAGGAAAAGAGACCAGCAUUGAAAAUGAGAUUGCCGUCCUGCACAAAAUCAAGCAUCCGAACAUAGUGGCCCUGGAUGACAUCUACGAGAGUGGAGGGCACCUCUACCUCAUCAUGCAGCUGGUUUCUGGAGGGGAACUUUUUGACAGGAUAGUGGAGAAGGGAUUUUACACAGAGCGAGAUGCCAGCAAGCUGAUCCGUCAAAUCCUUGAUGCCGUUAAAUACCUGCAUGACAUGGGCAUUGUGCACCGUGACCUCAAGCCGGAGAACCUGUUGUACUACAGCCUGGAUGAGGAAUCCAAGAUCAUGAUUAGUGACUUUGGGCUGUCGAAGAUCGAAGGCUCCGGCAGUGUCAUGUCCACAGCCUGUGGGACUCCUGGCUAUGUGGCUCCUGAAGUCUUGGCACAGAAGCCUUACAGCAAAGCUGUGGACUGCUGGUCUAUUGGAGUCAUUGCCUACAUCUUACUAUGCGGCUAUCCCCCAUUUUACGAUGAGAACGAUACCAAGCUGUUUGAACAGAUCUUGAAGGCUGAAUAUGAAUUUGAUUCUCCCUAUUGGGAUGACAUAUCGGACUCAGCCAAAGAUUUCAUCCAGCAUUUAAUGGAGAGAGAUCCCCAGAAGCGAUUCACUUGUGAGCAAGCCCUACAACACCCAUGGAUUGCUGGAGACACAGCGCUAGAUAAGAACAUCCAUCAGUCAGUCAGUGAGCAGAUCAAAAAGAAUUUUGCCAAAAGCAAAUGGAAGCAAGCCUUCAACGCAACAGCUGUGGUGAGGCAUAUGAGGAAGCUACAACUUGGCACCAGUCAAGAGGGGCCUGGCCAAGCCUUGCAGGAGAGCAACGGCUCGGCUACUAAUAGCAGUGAGGAAUCCUUGGGGAAUGGCUCUCACUGCCAAACUCAGGACUGAACAUUCACCAAAGGACAGAGGACUAGAUGGCAGAGCCAGCAGCAAUCAUAACAGAGGGGGCAGCCCCAAGCCCUGUUGUAAGAGCUAGGGAAGGGUCCGGGACCAUCAUCACACCUUCCUACCAAAGUACGGCCGAGUCCCACUGUAGGGGAAUGGAACCUGUCCCCUAUUAAUUGGCGUCCUCCAGAAUCUGGAACUGGAGGCUAGUAUUUUCUAAGCCAUACACUUCCCUGGAGAUGCUUUAUCCUCUCCUGUUCCAAUCCCCACCCCAAUCCCCCUGUUGGUCACACCAAUAAGACCCAUCCUGUCCCCUAUGCUCAUUCUUCAUCUGAAGACAGCAAUGACGCCAUCCCUUUGGCCCACCAUCUGAGUGGCUAAGUCUUGGAAAGAAACAUUCAAGACCCCCUCUGGCUUUCUGCAGCAGCCGCUCAAGUGGGAGUUUGAUCUCCAACUGUGCCCCCCAUCACAUCGCUUGAGGAAACCAAUGAGAAUCCCUGCUUCUCUCACCUGGUCCAACCAAGCCAACCCCAGGAACGAGGACAUACAUACACCAUAGCUGGCACUUGGCUCAGUUGCGCAGUGUUGGAGAAUAAAGAUUGUUUUGUUUGCAGAGAGAAGUUUGCAGUAGCUUGUAGCUUUCCACCUAUGCGAUCUAUUGAAGUUUCCAAAGACAAAGAAACUGCUUUUGUACAGUCAAAUAUAGGAGCUAGAGCAGCUUUCCUAUUGGCCUGUGGAGGCGAGAGGCCAUGGCUAUCCUGAGCAGUGUCUAUGGAGAUUCUCAAUCAUCCAGGUCAUGGUUGUCCCAAAGGUAUUUUUCCAAAAGGCAGCUAGACUUUCUUGAAAACUCUUCGCUUCUCAUCCAAGAAGCUUCUUCAGCUUCAGAGAAGCUAAACGUUUUCAAGGGAAAAAAAACCCAAGAAAGUCCAGUUGUCUUUUGGCAAAGCAGCUUUGAGACGUCCUGGCAGGGAUAGGCAACCUCGGCAGGGGUUUAUGGCAGGGAUAGCUGACUCAGGAAUUCUGGGAGUUGAAGUCCAUGAGCCAUAAAAGAGCCGGGGUUGCCUACCCCUGGUUUAUGGGAUUUGAUUUCUGAGCAGACCGAGCAAUACUAAAAAGUCACUUCUUUUGGGGGGCCAGCUGUGCCUCUUCCAAUGUCAUUCUGCCAACUCUGGAGAAAGACUGGUCAUGUUUUAAGAGUGGUCGUUUUGCUGUCCUCUUAACGCAGUUACCCAAACGAGGGGGGGGGGGAAAUGUAACCGUUUUGCAGGUG